AUGAAGAAGGACAAGAAGUUCGAGUGGGAUGAGAAGUGUGAGAAAGCGUUUCAACUGUUGAAGCAAAGGUUGAUUACAGCACUAGUGCUAACAUUGCCAGAUGAUAGUGGGAUCUACGACGGAAAUGAGGAAAAUGAACCUAGAAGUGGUGGAAUAGGGAGUACCAGCAGACUUACCAAAUUUGUUGUGUUCAUACCAAUGAAGGAGACCUGGAAGAUGGAGCAACUUGCAAAAGCUUACAUCAAGAAUGUCGUGAGGUUACAUGGAGUUCCAAAGGUUAUUGUGUCUGAUAGAGAUUCUAGGUUUCUUCAAAGUUUUGGAAGAGUGUUUAGGAAAACUUUGGUACAACAUUAA